AUGCGCGUAUACGGAAACUAUCGGGCAGUAGCGAUAGUGGAUCGCAAUGAAGCAAUCUCGGAUUGCGCUGAAGAAGGCAAUGGCACUCUUGGUAUAAGUGAACUCAAAUGGGCAGGAAAUGGUUAUUUCACAUCUGGAAGCUACGAAGUCUAUUACUCUGGCAGUCAAAACACCUGGAUAGACGGAGUGGCCAUCGUAUUAAACAGGAAACUCGUAAAUUCGGUAACCGGAUACUUCCCAAAAAAUAGCAGAAUAAUCUCUAUUCGACUCCAAGAACAACCAACAAAUUUAACAAUAAUACAAAUCUACACACCAGCUACGGAAGCAAAUGAAUCAACAAUCGAUAGUUUUUGCAUGGAUUUACAACAAACACUUGACAACACACCAAAAAAAGAUGCCAUCCUGAUAACUGGACACUGGAUUGCAAAGAAAACCGUAUGCUCAUCACCAAUAUAUGCUUUCAACAACCAAAACGACGAUUACACAUGGACAACACCAAAUGGCCAACAUCGAAAUCAGAUCGAUUAUAUUCUCUACAACGGACGAUGGAAAGCCUCAAUAACAUCAAUCAAAACACGACCAGGAGCUGACCGCGUCACUGAUCACGAACUCCUAGUAGCAGAUUUUCGAGCCAUGCUCAAACAAUAUUACAAACCAACACUAACAGCAAAAUUCGAUGCACUCAAUCUGGUCUACAAAGAUCUUGAAGAAUUAUGGCAAGAAAUACGUGGCACAGUAAACGACGAAAUGCAAAGAAAUAUCCCGGCAGUUCCAAGGAAAAAGAAAAAUAACUGGUUAUCGUCAAGCACCUUGGCAAUCGCAAAAGAAAGACGAGAAGCUAAAGUAAAUGAGAACAGACAAACUCUCGCAAAACUUAAUGCCGACUUUCAACGCGCAGCGAGAAUAGACAAGCAAAAACAAAUCAUCGAAGAAUGUGAAAAGUCACGAAAAGCUCUAGCCGGUACUAUUGGAAAUGGGUGUGCCAAAGCAUUUGAUCAUUCUCAUGAAGAACUUAUAUACCAACCAACAAGCAACGGUGAAAUACAGACUAUGGAAAUACCAACUAGUUCAACAUUGGAAAAGGUGCUUCAAUCAAAAGUAAAUAAUGCUCGACGAUCACUCGUUCUUCGGAAGAAACAUGGAGUACUAGCUUACCGACGAUGCCUGCGAGGGAGCGAUCGUGCUUUAUCUAACUCAACAAUUGACGAUGUGGUCAAAUUCUAUCGUGAAGAUGGUAUCAGUCGGACCUCAUACAAUUCUAAAGACACAAUUGAAAUAAAUAGAGAAACAGUGGCAGUUCGAUUUUUAGAAAUGACUGUCUUGGAUGCGUACCAAGUGUUCAAUGAAGGUCGUCUGGGAGCUGUAUCAAGAUCUACCUUCAAUGCUCUACAGCCACGAGACGUUGAUUUCUCAAUGAACUAUGCAUUGAUACAUCAGCGCGAAGUUCAACAAAGAUUUUUUAGCCAACAUCAAGUCACUUUAUUUACAAUACGUCUUACCAUCGGUAAUGAACAGCGAAAUUUAGCAAUCAUCAGCAACUAUAUGGAACAUACGACAGCAUUUGUGCAUUGUGCACAAAAAAUUCUCGCUGAAUUUAUAAAGAAAAACUUUCCAUUAAUAGAAAAGGUGAACUAUGUUAGUGACGGAACAUCUGCCCAUUUUAAAAAUAAUUUCAGCAUAUUCAAUCUGGCCCAUCACAAAACCGAUUUUGGUCUAGAUGCUCGUUGGACAUUUACCGCUACUGUACACGGCAAAAGUGCUGGUGACGGAGUGGAUGCUCUGUUGAAAACCACCGCCAGGCACACUACACUUAUUAAGAACAUUCUCAUGUCAAAUUCAAAAGACUUCUUCGAAUUUUCACAAAAACAACAACUUGAAACAGCAAGGAGAUCUAACAAAGAUACUCCUGGUGUUCAUGUCUUCUAUCUAGAAUCGGAUGAAGUAGAAGAGGUUAAGAAGAACUAUUUGAAAAGUAGCAACGAAAAACUUCGAUUAGCAGGUACAAUACAAGGCGUUCGUAGUACGCGUGCAUUCAAACCGAUUAGUCGUUCAACAGUUCAGUAUAAUAUAACGUCUCGAUCAACGCAGACAAAGACUUUUACGUUCAAACAAACUCCUUUUAUUUUUCAUUUAUCAAUCAACGUUUUUGCAAUCAGUCUUGACCUUGAUACCUAG